AUGGCUACCCCCAGUGUCCUUACCUUUGAUGCUGAGGGUCGUGCUGUUGACUUCGAGGUCUGGGUAGAUGACCUACAACUCUUCCUACAGUGCGAUAGGGCAGACGGACUCUCUCUGUUCGAUCUCACCUCUGGUGCCUCUGCCCCGCCUGCUGAUGCUGACAGCACUGUUCGCUCACAGUGGGCCACCCGCGAUGCUGCUGCCCGUCUUGCUGUGCGUCGCCACUUACCGACCACUGAGCGUGCGCACUUUAGUCAGUACAAGAGUGCUAAGACCUUGGACCACUUCCUCUCUGUUUGCCCCACCACACUCACCGUUGACCUCCUCGAGGAGCGCCUCCUGGCAGCUGAGAAGAGUAUACUCGUUGUAGGAGCCUCUAGAGGUGACCCGCGUGCCCCUGUCUUUGAGGGGUGCUCCCCCUCCCCCCUUUUGCCCUCUGUUGCCUCUGCUGCUGCCGUCGACUUCGUUGGAAUCGUGUCGGUCGGCGCUGCGUCUGCCCCUAGCGAGCGACGCCGCACCGGCAAGGACAAGGGGGGCAAGGGCGCUGGAGGGGCUGGCGGGGGCGGUGGAGGUGGAGGUGGAGGAGGCGGAGGGAGUGGGAGUGGUGGUGGGAGUGGUGGCGGGGGUGGGGGCUUCAGUGGCGGCGGUGGCGGCAGAGGCGGCGGGGGCGGUGGCGGUGGGAGUGGAGGAGGAGGCGGUGGCGGCGGCGGCGGAGGUGGUGGCGGAGGAGGUGGAGCUAGUCGGGGUGGCUCUGCGCAGCGGGGCGGCUUAGGUGGUGGUCAGCGCCAGCAGCAGCAGCGCACUCGUGAGACCCCGUCCCCCCAGCAGCUUCGUGAGUGGUACGCUGCGCGUCAGCAAGGUGGGGGUACUGGUCCCUGUACCUGA